AUGACACCUAUUUGUCCGUCACCGUGCCUCACUUCCCGAACUAUCUUAUUUUCAACGGACCCCUACGGGCCUUAUGGUCACGGAAGUUUCCUGCCAAUCACCGAGCUUUUGGCCAAGCACUUCAUCAAGAUCUUCGACAAGAUGUCCUCUGAGGGCGUCACUUCGUUUGAUCCUAAACAGGAAGCUGUGAACGAUUUCAUUCAGCACCGCCGCCAAUUUCUGCCCCGUACGGCGUGGUCGUCCCCGUGCCGCUCCUGGUUCAAGCAGGGUACAGUAGAUGGCGAGAUCAUGAUGUGGCCUGGCUCGCGUAUACACUUUUUCGAGACUAUGCAAAAUCCACGCUGGGAGGACUAUAAUCUCAGCUACACGACUACCAAUCGAUUUGGUUACUUUGGCAACGGUUUCGCUGCCCGCGAGUUCAGUGGGCAGGACCUUAGUUGGUACAUCGGUAUGCUGGAAGGUGGUGAUCUUCAGCCAGAAUUACCCGAUGAGGAUUUCGCCGAGUUCAUGGUGCAAUCACAAACCGACUGA